AGCUGAUGACGGAAGUAGCCAAAGCGGUCGUUGACACGUCACUGAGGUCAAGCUGGAGGAAAGAUGGCGAGCACCUAUGAGAGUUUCAACUUGCGCACCACACCGGAGAAGUUUUUCAUAGAGCCUUGUGAUGAUGGAUCCGAUGAUGUUCUGGCUAUUGACAGGGUGUCGACAGAGAUGACUCUCACAGGGAAAAGGGACAUCCCUGCAUCUGCUGAGACCAAGCCGAUAUGUGGACUCAUGGGGACUAUACGUUUGGUGGCAGGCAUGUACCUGAUUGUUAUCACAAAGAAGAAGAAGGUGGGCGAUUUGCUGGGCCAUGCUGUGUGGAAGGCUCUGGACUUUGAUAUCCUCUCCUAUAAGAAGACAAUACUACACCUGACAGACACUCAGGUAGGAUCUGAGGCUCUUGACUGUACUUGUGACAGGGAGAGCUGGAUAGAUACGCACUUCCGCUGGGGCAGCCUCUAUCUCACCUGGCAGAGGCCUCUCUCUCCAACCUUUCUUGUCAGCUCAUGGCUCUUGGCUGUCUUAUCAAUAAGGGAAUAAAAGGAUAAAAAAAAGCUGCCUGCACAGUGCACAGUACAGUACUAAAAAAAUCUAUCUAUCGAUCUGUAGUUGUAUUAUAUACACAUAUAUGUAUGUAUAUAUGUAUCUAUACAGUAUAUAUUUGAUGUGUAGGCCUACCCAAAGCUAAAAAUAUCCGCUCUGUUAUCUCAUUUGCUUGUUAUUAAAAUUUUGCAAAAAUAAUAAUAAUUAAAAAGAAACAUACACUGAACAAAAAUUUAAAUGCAACACUUUUGUUUUUUUACUCCCAUUUUCACAGUUUUAAAGGUCCAGUGUGUGAUAUUUAGGUGGAUUUAGUGGCAUCUAGCAGUGAGGAUUUCAGAUUGCAACCAGAUGAAACUUCUCCUGGUUAGAGUGCCUUAAUGUUCAGGAGGUUUUUACUGGGAAACAAAUUAUCUGCAGAGGUCUCUUCCUCUCCAAAACAAUUAGACACAGUUAUUUAAACUGGUAAAAACACUGAAUAAAUCAAUUUCACAUUUAAAAAUGUGUGUUUUUCCAACGCUUCUCAUCGUGGAGGGGCUGCUAAAUGUAGAAGCCGAUGUGAAAUCGCGAAUGGCCCUCAGAGCCAGUGUUUUUAUCAAUCGAUCCCUUUAUUUGUCCCCAAUGGGGCAAUUGGCUGUGCAGCAAUGGGAGCAAAACCUAAAAGUACAUAUC